AUGGCGAUCGCAGCACAGACCCCCGAUAUCCUUGGGGACCGCCAGUCCGGCCAGGAUGUUCGCACCCAGAAUGGUGAACCUCUUAUUCUUCUUCCCCUUCCUCUUCCUCUUCCUCUUCCUCCUCUUCAUCACCAUCGUCAUCUUCUUCUUCUUCUUCGUAAAACCCUGCUUUCACUGUAGUUUCCCAUUCGGAGUUGUCUCACUGUCAGGCGCAGCUCACUUCUGAGAUGAAAACCCUAGCAGAAUGAAUGUGAACGUCUACAAGUGGCUGUUUUGUUUUCUUACUUUGAUUAUGCUUGUUAAUAGCCGGCAUUCUGAUCGUUUUUCUUCUCCUUUUUCGGGAGCUUCUGUGAGCAGUGGUGGCCUGUCAGUCUGUGGCAAACAUUGUGAAGUCAUCUCUUGGACCGGUCGGCCUUGACAAGGUAAUGGGAUCACCGAGUCUCGCUUCUGCUUCUACUGCCGUUUGUCUGAUCUGUUUCGUGUGUUGGUCAGAAGAUUUCGUGUGUGGUAAUUCAUUUCCGACUUUCAGAGAUUUUUCUGGUUCGUUGGUCCACAUGUGCUUCAAAAUGCCUUUGACUUGUUUGAAGUCAUAACACUACAAAGCUUAAGCCAAGGAUUCCCUAGAAUACCGAUUCUGUAUUGGGGAAUGUAUUUUGGAAGGUGGAUGGUACCAUAACCAUUCAUUUAAGGGAGAAAAUGUACAAGCUGAGCCAGAAUAUUAGUCUGGAGAACCCCUGUAGAUCACUUCUGGUCUAGACUCCCCCAAAAUAAAAUAAGAAAAUCCGCUCGUUCCAUCCUACAGAAAAAUCUUUCCCCUUCUUUGAUCCUAUGACUCAUCCGAAAUGAGAACCCAAUCAUGGCGGGCCACUUUCCUCUCAAAAAUGCUCCUCUUUCCAUUUAAGCAUCCCAGAGAGUUGCUUGAGGGGUCGGACCCAGAAUCCUGUAAUCACCUUUUUAUGCACCAUGAGUCACACAAAUUGAGUGGAGCGAGUGAAAAAAGAGGCUGAUUUAAUGCCCUGGACUGCAGUAAAAUUUAUGUAAGGUCUUCACCUAUUGUUUUUGGAUUGGUGAGCUUCUUGAUUGUAAGAAGAAAGAUGGUAGAUUGUCCGGGGUACAAACGGGGAAGACAGAAUCAAAACGUACCUGCGGGGGUCAUGAUCAAGAACUUUAUACUUUGUGAGGAUUGUGGGUUCAUUGUUAUGUCAUGUGCGCAUUUCUAUGUUAUUUUUGUAAAACUUGUAUCAUUAUUUUGCUGAGCAUCUGUCUCCUCUUGCUAGUUUCUAUUAUGUUUCACUGUUAUUUUCUUGCUACUGUGCACCUUUAUGUGUUAGUGUACCUUUAUGUUUGAUAACGUAAUGUCAAUGGGUUAUUUCUUAUUUCCUAUUAAAUCAUUCUAAUGUAUGACUAUUUAUGUAAGCUGGCUUAAUUUGGUAUUUUUUGAAUCUAUUAGAUGUUAGUUGAUGACAUUGGUGAUGUCACAAUCACCAAUGAUGGGGCCACGAUUCUUAAGAUGCUAGAAGUUGAACAUCCUGCUGCGAAGGUUGAUAAUCUGAAAACAUUUCUCUUGCUUAUGUUACACCUCUCUUAUCUCUCUUGCUCCUCUAUAGUUUGGCUUUCUCUUUUUGUAAUUUUAGGUCCUAGUAGAGCUGGCUGAACUUCAAGAUCGAGAAGUUGGUGAUGGCACAACCUCAGUUGUUAUCAUUGCAGCGGAGUUCCUUAAGGUCUAAUACAAUUGUAGCCUUAGAGCUUUUCGGCUUAGGCUGCAGUUCUCUUUUUCUCGAUGUCAUCCAUUAUAAUUUGGUAUCAGAGAAUGAUUUUCUGAUUUCCAUGGUGACAGAGAGCAAAUGAUCUGGUGAGGAACAAGAUUCACCCCACAUCGAUCAUCAGUGGAUACAGGGUGAGUUUGGGACUAUUGAAGUAGUUACUUUGUAAAUUUUUUUGCGGAUCAUUUCGCCUGUUACUCAUGCCCUGUUGUUGUUUCCCAACUAAAAAAAAAAAGAAAAGGGGAGCACAGCUCCAUGUUGCCCAUGGUUCUCUUUGGGUUGAUGUUUUGUGUAACGUUUCUUGUGAACAGUUGGCGAUGAGGGAAGCUUGCAAGUUUGUUGAUGAGAAACUUUCUGUAAAGGUAAGUAAUGCGUUGCUGAAGAAUGCUUGACUUCUCAUUGUCAGUCAUAUUACUCUCUUAGAGUUCACUUUGUCAUCAUCUUUUUUUAUUUUACCUACAAUCGAUACUUGUGUGUUUUCAGGUGGAAAAGCUGGGUAGAGAGUCCCUUAUAAAUUGUGCGAAGACAAGCAUGUCAUCAAAGUUGAUCAGCAGUGACAGUGAUUUUUUUGCAAAUCUGGUAAAUUGGAUACAGCUGCUUCAUUCAAGUGAAGCAACUAUACUAUUCAUGUGACCCACUGCAUUCAUAAUGCUGCCCCUAAGCAUCAUUAUUCCUUGGUUAUCUUAUUAAAAGGUUGUGUUGAAAUUUGUGUGAUACAUUCUAUUUAUCUCUGCAAGUAAUUAUUGAGAACAUUUAGCUGGAAAGUGGAUCUUGUGCUUGAUCACUGGAUUUUCUGACCAUCGUGAUCAAGCUAUGCAUUAUGACUGACAAGAGAAGUUUGGUAGAGUUUCGUCAAUAGAUCUGCUCAGUGCUGCAUGUUUCUUAGUCUCCCGUCAACCAAUAAAUGUGGCAUGUUAUUGUUCAUGUUCAUCUGGUUAUCUCAAUCGUUUGAACUGUUCUUCAUCUUCUUCAGGUUGUAGACGCUGUCCAAUCAGUAAAGACUACAAAUUCGAGAGGAGAAGUCAAAUAUCCGAUCAAGGUUUUUUUACUAGCUGUCUUUUAAUAUUUUAUUUAGUUGAGGGUAUCUCUGGAUACUGCUAGUAAUUUCUGGCAGUCCUUUUUGGUUUUUCCCUUUAAGAAAAUAACAUUGCCACUCAUAAAACCGAGUUCCUCUUCCUCUCUCUAAUGGAAAGUAAAGGGCAUUCCACUGCUGAGAUAAAUCGCAAUUGUGCACUUUUCACAUCUUGAGACUCCCACUCGUAUAUAUACAUUUGAUGCCCAUUUGGCCCCUGUAUUACCUCUGUUUCUUAUGUUAAAUAUUUUUUUCAGGGCAUUAAUAUUCUGAAAGCUCAUGGAAAAAGCGCAAAAGAUAGCUACUUGCUCAAUGGCUAUGCGUUAAAUACAGGUCGGGCUGCACAAGGAAUGCCUAGCAGAGUUGCACCUGCAAAAAUCGCAUGCCUUGAUUUUAAUCUUCAGAAGACAAAAAUGCAGAUGGGUGUACAAGUCCUUGUCACAGACCCCAGGGAACUUGAAAAAAUCCGUCAAAGGUUGUUCUCAUCCAUAGACAUUUGGAGCUAUUUCUCUCUUCUUACUUGCAAUGAACUUCUGUGCGUAAAUUUCCAAAAUCUGCAAAUCCUUAACCCCGGUUAAGUUUCCAGGUUACGUAUUAUGCUCUCAAUGUCAUUAAAUUACUUUUUUAGUGUGUUCAAUGAGCAGUCUGGUUUCUUUGAGAUAUGCUGUUUUAUGAAAUUAUAAUAGUUCCGAAAAAGAGAAACAUAAAAUUGUUAUACCAUCUUGAUCAGGGAAAUUUGUGAUUUGGAAACAGGGUUUGUCAACCAAAGUUAAACUAGUUAACUAUGCAAGUUUACAUUUCUUCCAGAAGCACACCUUGUUGUUGUCAGAUGUGCACUACUUCAAUUUGAUCAGGCUUUGACAUCAGGGAUAUUCCUGUCUACUUUUUUCUUUGCAUAUCUGUGACUUAUUCAUCUUGUAUUGUGCUUGAAGCCACUUAAAAGCUAUCCUUAUGUGCUGUUUUUUGAAGAAAGUAGACUAACUCCCAGGGUGCCAUGAUCUGGAAACAAAAGGGUUUUCACUUUACGUUCUUUCACAUUAUUUUCUUUGGUGUAUGAGAUUGCUGGUUUCUCCUUAUUCUUCUGACAGAGAAGCUGACAUGACGAAGGAACGAAUUGAGAAGAUUUUUAAAACUGGAGCAAAUGUCAUCCUAACAAGCAAGGGAAUAGAUGACAUGGCUUUGAAGGUAGGGCCUUUAUCCUCAAUGAUUACGUUUGUUACAUAGCUCAGGAAAUAUUGACCAUGGGUUUACUGUGACAAUCAGUCCAAACCUUACCCCGUUUUCAGUAGAAAACAAUUGGCAAUAUUUUACUUUGGGUUUUUUACAUAUUGCAUAUUUCUUGGAGACUUUGGAAGCAUGACAGUGAUGGCGACGAUGAUGAUGCAUUCCAUGAUUGACUGGCAUGGUUUUUACUAUUUGUAUUAUGGCAGGGAAAAUAUUUAAUGCUCCUAUUGAGGCUUGGGUUAUGGCAUGACUUUCUCUGCUUGAGUUUCCUCAUAAUUGACUCUGGCUAAAUAUGAACCAGAUAUUUUUCUCUUCCACCUUUCACAUGCUUACUAUUCUGUGCAUGGUUAACAUCUCUGAAUUUAUUUUCAGUACUUCGUCGAGGCUGGGGCUAUUGCUGUGAGGCGUGUACGGAAGGAGGAUUUGCGACAUGUUGCCAAGGCUACUGGUGCCACUGUGGUACGCUUAUUUGUUCAAAUUCUCCAUCUUGUUCUUGUCCCUGGCUGUGUUCUCGUUGUGAUUUUAUUGUGUGUUACCAUUAUUCCUUACAUUCCCAAUCAACUUUUGCAUUUAGUUCUUGUCCCUGUUUGUGUUCUCAUUAUGAUUUUAUUGUGUGUUACCGUCAUUCCUUGGAUUCCCAGUCAUGGACUGACGGGAUGGAUCUAUUCUCUUGCGAGUUUCAUGGUUUUGGUCCAUGAGAACAGUUACAAGCCGUAGCAGCCAAGCAUUUGUUUUCUACUGCUAAAUUCCUUUCCUAGAAAUGGCUAUGACCCUUCUUUAUUUUAUCUGCGUCAAUUUAGUCCGCAUGUAUAUUUUUUUUCUAUGUAUUAUCCUGUCCUUCCUUAAUAACUUGCUGUUUUCAAGACGGCAGUUUUUCAAGAGCCGUAUCCUGGAUCUUUAUUCUCUUCUUCAUGUGACAUUGUUAAAUCUCUUCCUAAUGGAUUUCAGCAGAUUUUUUUUUCCUAUAACUGCCGUCAGACGCUUCUCAAGUCUAUCUAUAAGCUUGCAAACAUCCUCAGGUCUAAUAAAAAGAUUUUAGAACUGAUACUUGACAUCUCCAAAAUAUUUUCCUAACUAAAUGUCAGAGUAUACAGAGCUUAACCCACUUAUUUAUGCGUACAUGGCCCUUUGAAGAAACCAUGCACUACAUUGGACUUGUGGGAAUUAAUUCAGUUGGUUAAAAGGGCUUGUUUUUUCUCGCUAUUUUUUGAAUCAUUAAAUUAUUUUUUUCUUAUCUCCGAGAUCUUAGAGUAAAUGUGUGUAGAUUUUGCUUUGCUACUGAUUUCCUAAUCGCCUCCUCUCCUGAUUAUGUUCAGGUGACAACAUUUGCUGAUAUGGAAGGAGAAGAAACAUUUGAUUCCUCAUCCAUUGGGUAUGCUGAUGAGGUGAUAGAGGAACGCAUUUCCGAUGAUGAUGUGAUUCUGUUGAAAGGCACAAAAAAUACCAGUGCAGUAAGUAACUCUCCUCUUUAUCACUGUGUUCUUUACGGGUUCCUUAACCGGAUUCAUUUUAGAAACUUACAACCUCCAUUUCUAACGUCUUUCUUUUUGCCUAUUUUUUUCUUAUCUCAGGUUUCCUUGAUACUUAGAGGUGCAAAUGACUUCAUGCUCGAUGAGAUGGAACGUGCUCUGCAUGAUGCAAUUUGUAUUGUGAAGAGAACUCUCGAAUCUAAUAUGGUAAAGCUUGUUAUUAGUGCUCUUUUUCGUAAAAAUCUUGACUAUCACUGUGUGAUCUUAGGUACCCAUUUAGUAACGUAGUGAGAUAUAAAUGCCUAAAAAUGUAAAUGUUUGUUAAUUAAGAAUCUACAUACUUAGACCCCCCUCUCUGCAUACUCAGUUUAGAUUGUAUAUACUAUUGAAUCUGUUCAGGUUAUUUCGAUGAUCUGACCUUCAUAUAGAUUGCUUCCAGGAUGAGAAAUAUACCAUAUAAUCCCUCAUCUUUCUCCUGGUUGCAGGUAGUUGCUGGCGGUGGUGCAGUGGAGGCAGCCUUAUCUGUGUAUCUGGAGAAUCUCGCGACCACUCUAGGGUCUAGAGAGCAGUUGGCAAUAGCUGAAUUUGCGGAGUCUCUUCUGAUUAUACCCAAGGUCAUCACAAUACACUUGUAGAUACCCUGUAUUAUUUUUUUAUGGCCAGGAUCGUUUCCAAGAAUGCGUUCUGAAUAAUAGAUCUUCCAGGUACUCGCUGUGAACGCUGCCAAGGACUCCACGGAGUUGGUUGCCAAGCUUCGGGCCUACCACCAUACAGCUCAAACCAAGGCAGAUAAGCAGCAUCUUUCAAGGUAUAUUUCAAUCAGAGCAAGGUUUGUUGAAUCUUAGUAGACUACUUGCUAAAAUAACCAUUUUCAGAGGGAAAUUCAAACAUGUAAAAAAGUGGAACACUAAUAACAAGCUUUACCAUAUAAGAUGAGCAGAUGAGAAGCAUCUCUCGAGGUAUUUUUCAUUCGGAAUAAGUUUUGAUUGAUUUGAUAGUCCUUCGGUAUCUUCAGAAAAUGGAGAUUUUCUAAAGAAAAUUCAAUAAUAAAAAAAGAAAAGCAUCAUGAUGCUCAAACUGCGGCAUAUGAGCAGGAUCUCUCCAGAUAUCUUUCAAUCAUAUAAUUUAGUUGUCUGGAUCAUAAAAUAACCAGUUUUUGAAGAGGAUCCAAAAACUAAGAAAAACUAGGGCAUGACUUUCAGUUGAUCUAUCUUUUUGGAAGCCAUCCCACCCCCCAACUCUAUUCCUUUUUUUUUUGUUGGCUGAAACUAAAGCAGGGUUCUUCAUUUGAAUGAGCCUCUCUCUCUCUCUCUCUCUCUCUCGCUCUUUCUGAGGGUUAUCUACUCAUGAUCUUAUUCAUCAUCUUGCAGCAUGGGGUUGGACCUUCUAAAGGGAACUGUACGUAAUAACCUUGAAGCUGGAGUUAUUGAACCUGCGAUGAGUAAAGUGAAGAUAAUACAGGUAGAUAACUUGGAUAUUUAUUGUAUGAAUUUGCUACUUCUUUUGGCGUUAUGGUGUUAAUGGGCUGGACAGGGCCCAUCUCUUCUUCUGGGCUCAGUUUUGUGACCGAAGCCCAGAAAGAUGAGGCUUGUCCAGUAUCCACUGGUACUUCCAAUUCUCAUCAAAACAUGUACACAUAUCUCUAUAGUUUAGAUACCCAAGCCCAGCUAGAGCAUGCUGCUCCAGUUUCAUCUAUAGGUAACCCUGAUUUCUCAUUGAAAUGUAUUCAUAAAUGCAUUAGCAUAUAUGGUUUUUGGGCCAAUACCCAGAAAAAUCAGGCUGCCUGGGAUCCCCUGAUACAUAAACCCAUUGAUUUAUCAUCGGAGUAUAUAUAUAUAUAUGACUUUUAAUGUCUAUAGUAAUGAGAUAUUAUUGUGCACUAGAGGCAAUGGGUUCCAAUACUUUGCUGAUUAUGUGAAUAAUUGCUUCAGAUGGGUUAGUAUCUUUUUAUAGAUUCAUUAACCACCGCUCUUACUAUUUUUGAGUUAAUUCUGGGAUUCUUCUCUCAUAGUUGAUUUCUUCUGUAUUUCAUUAUGUGCGAAAUAUGUGCCAUUUCUCUAUGAACCCUAGGUUAUAAUUCUUUUCUGGGUUUUUUUUUUGUGAACAGUUUGCUACUGAGGCGGCCAUAACCAUUCUUCGGAUCGACGACAUGAUAAGGCUGGUUAAGGAUGAAAGCCAGAAUGAUGAGGAUUAG